UUACUGAUAACUUUUGGCCUGUCCGAGUGUCCGUACACCCCCGUCAUGUGACCACUACCAUUUCCGGGUACUAUUGUGUUACACUUCCGUGUUUUUCACCUCUCUCAAACGGCUACUACUGUGAUGUAAACUUCAACGGUGAGACCCGUCCCCGCGUUCAAAGUCCGCUCAACGUCCUGCCACGUCGCCACUGACAACGGAGGACCCGACCCGACCAGGGGGGCAACAUGGCCAGCGCCGUGGCUUUCCAGAGCAAGCUAACCUCGAUCAUGGAGAUGCUAACCCAGGCUGCCGUGCUGGAAAUCAGCAAACUGUGGGAGGACGGCUUCGCCCUCGUCCAGAUCGAGCUCCGCCGCAGAGAGGGCGAAAUAGAGGCGCUGAACAGAAAGUUGAUGUCGAUGGAAAGCGAGCGGUCGGCGGUUCUGUCUCAGAAUAAUAAAUCCUCAUGUUUUACCAGGAGAGAGCAGCAGAAUAAGCUGCUGCCGCCCGCAGGUGAUGGGCCUACAGUAGAUUCAGUCCAGAUGCUGGUACCCGAUCAGAGCGUCCGAGACAAGACGGACGCCUCGUCCAAUCACCGGUCUCCGCCGCCCGCUCCCACAGAAGACAAACAGAACGAGCAGCUCAAGCCCGACCACUGUGAGGGCGAGGACGUAGAAGACGAGGACCUGAUAGUAAAGCUGGAAGACGACGACGACGUGCAGAUCGUGGAGCAGAGAGUCGACCCGGAUCCCGACGGGGCAGCUCGUCACGAGAUGGACGUGAGCCACCAGCCGGCCGAGGUCGUGGAAGAACAAGAGGCCCAGCAGUGGUUGUCCGUUUCCGUGGGAGACGCAGACGCUGCACACGACUCCGACUGCUUCUUCGAACCAAAGCAGCUGUCGCAGAAUCUGGACUCUGGAGAGAUACUGCUCAUUCAAAACGCCUUGGACAUUUUUGACAAUUCAGCGGAGGCGCCGUAUUCUGACAGGUUUCUGAGGGACGAAGGGACGGGGCAAGGUGCAUCGAGUAAAUCAAAAACUCCUUCGACUUUCGGCCACUCGCAGCCAAGUCAACCCACUGAAGCAUUAACUCACGCAGAGAGAGGAAUGUCCGUUAGGUUCCUGUCGGAGAAGAACCAGCAGCAGCAGACUAAGAACAUAUCAGCUUUUAACCCAGACAGCAGGUUCUUCCUCCUGAACGACCCGGAGCUGCACAAAACUAUAGCGAGCCGGCGCAUCAAGGAGAAAUGGUACAUCUGCCCGUUCUGCGGCAAAAGCUUCGAUCGCAUCAGCCACCUAGAGAUUCACCAGCGAAUUCACACGGGGGAGAAGCCGUACACAUGCGACACGUGCGGCAAGUGUUUUUCUCAGAGGAGCAACCUCCGCACCCAUCAACGAACUCACAAAGAGGCGGUCGCCCAGAACGCAGUUUAAUCCCCGACCAACUCUGUGCCCCGUAGCAUUUAUGUCUAGAUGAAUUAACAAAUUCUUUUUUUUUUUGUAUUUUGAUAUUACUGGAAAAAAACAUGUAGCUAACUGAUUUUACCGUGCACUCUCGUUUUAAUUACCUGUAACGUUGACGUAGCUUGGCUUCGAAGAGCUGAGACUGCGACUUUUUUAAAAGAGCUAAGAGGUUUAUAAAACAUUUAGGGACGUGAAGCCCGUAGAAAAGUAUGUUUUGUUUUUUUUUUCAGGUUACACAUAAGGACACGUGUUUUAACAUUUGACAUUUGAAAAGACUGGAAAGUCACCCGAUCCAUUUAUACCAUUUCAGUUUUUGUAUCCAUAAUUAAUUUCAACUCAGAAGUCAUUUUCAUUUACCAAAUAGAAAGAGGACGACUUUUUACCUAUAGCACAAUUAUUUAAAGCAAAGCACUUGACGUUGUCGCACCCAAAUGACUCAGAUUGUGUUUCUGUUGUACUGUGUGCGCAACAAAAAAAAUAUAACUUUGGUUACAUUUCAGUAAUGUAAACUGUGAGACGGCUGCGGUAGCACUUGUUUUCUGGUGGUAACUUUGCACCAGCGCUUCUCACGUGGCUCAGUAAAUUUCAAACAUGAAUAAUCUUUAGCAACAUCCACCCAAAGUUCUUUACAAACAUUUCACAUCUCCGCCUCCAUCUGAACCCGGUUUACUUCUGUACGUCCAUGCUGAGAGGAAGAGCAGAAUCUUAAAGGAAUAUUUUGGCAGUUUGGGAAAUGUUGCUUCUUGCACGGUUAGAUGAGAACAUGGAUACUGAAACUCUCAUUUAGACUCAACAUAACUUCCUGAGACCCUGCGUCCUCAUACGGGGCUUAUUCUGCUUCAUUUAAACCCGUUGUCCUCAUUAGUGGACGCUUUACUCUGCCAUCUAGUGGUAGCAAAGGGACAAUACACUACUAGUAGGUGUAAAGACAUGAUAGCGAAUUCAUUCUACAGACGAUCACAGGACAAGAAACUUAUUAUUUAUUCUUAGUAACGUUUAGUAACAAAUUUCAUCAAUAGCAACGAGCUACAAGGUUGCUAAUUAGCAAGUGCUCGUUUGAGGACGUUGGGACUUCAUUGUUUUGUCUUUGCUCAGUCGUGUUCAGGUAUUUAUAUAAACAGUAUAUAUUUUUCCACACAUUGGGUGACUUUAUUACAAUAUAAAUAAUGAAAUAAUCCCAGCGUCCACAUAUGAGGUCAUUGUUUGUUUGUUUUUUUCAAAAACUACUACUUCCUGUUCAAACAUGAUGCUUAGUUUUUAUACGUCUUAGGUCGUGCUAAUCCCAAAUACCUUUCAGAAAUUAAAAACGCAGGCUAAAUAAAAUAAAAGCUCGGGUCUCAGGAGGUCUAUUUAAAGCUUGUUAGUUAAGUGUUAGAAUGACAGGCUGGUUAAAUGAAGUGUUUCUUGGCCACAAAGUUAAACAAGAAUUUAAACAAACAAUUAUCCAAAAUUUAAAUCCCAAAUAAAAACUCUUUCUUUUGUUUUUAAAACAAAUUUAUCCAAAGCUAGCUGCUUUUUUUUUUAGCUUCAUAAUUAUCAUUCAGAUACAACAGUGGUUGAGUUUCUCAUCUAACUCUUGACCAGAAAUCAAAUCAUCCCAUUUCCCCAAAAACCACCAAACUAUUCCUUUUAAUACAGAGGUUAUCUGAACAUUUCACUCAGCCAUAAAGUGAAAUCACGGUUUUGAGUUUUUCCGGUUGUUACAGCGAUAACGUGUUCGUGAGAAGAGUAAACCAUUGUUUAUCCUAUGAGCUUCAGAGUCCCAGGUUACAAUAAAGAACAACGACUGUUUCUAACUUUUCACAUGCUUUACUUGUUUUGAAUAAACAAUUUUAACAUUUA